CCAUCCGACCCCUUAGGAGUAAAAGUAAGUGAUACCGGGUCGAAUUUUAUUACCAUCUCUUGGACGGGCAUAAAAGAGGGAGAAGGUAUCGUUGGAUUCGGAUUACUUGUCAAACCCAAAAAUGAAGCUGCUCCUCCAAUCGAGAUUAUUUUAAAUGCAAAUAUCAGAACUUAUACAAUUGCUGCUAUUCAGCCUUGCAAGCUAUUUGAUAUAACCAUCUUUUCGUUGACCAGCGACAACACCUCGCCCGGUGUACUCGUUGAAGCCGAGACCAAGCUGCCUACGGUCACCGGAGUGAGUGGGAAACAAGAGAUGCCAGGAUCUAUUAAAGUAAAAUGGAGUAAAUUGGAUCAACAAUGCUUUGAUGCCUAUAGAAUAAGUCUAUCCAGCAGCUUAGAGGAAUUAAUCAGUAUCGCUGAAAAGAUUGAAGAAGAGCUAAUAAUUCCGGGCGCUAUACCCGACACGGAUUACGAAAUCACAGUGGCUACUGUGGCAGUUGGGAAAAGCAGUCCGCCAAGCUCUCCCAUCAAACUAAAGACUGGAGUGUUUUCACCGAAAGGCGGUAAAUGA